AUGAAGAGUACGCCGUUGAUCAUCAAUUGGCACGACCAGAAUGCCCCCAUCUACUCGGCACACUUCGAGCCCCAUGGCAAGAGCCGCCUAGCCACGGCUGGCGGAGACAACAACGUUCGGCUCUGGAAGGUCGAGGGCGAAGGAGAAGACCGAAAGGUUGACUAUCUCUCAACCCUCUCGAAACAUACCCAGGCCGUCAAUGUUGUCCGUUGGGCCCCUAAAGGCGAGCUGCUUGCCUCGGCCGGCGACGACGGAAACGUGAUCUUAUGGGUGCCUUCCGAAAACCACCACCCGACCUUCGGUACCGAUGGCCUUGAGGACAAGGAGACGUGGAGAACGAAGCACAUGUGCCGGUCCUCCGGUGCUGAGAUAUACGACUUGGCCUGGUCUCCGGACAGCGCCUACUUUAUCAUCGGCAGCAUGGACAAUAUUGCCAGGAUCUACAAUGCUGGCACAGGAACUCUUGUGCGUCAGAUUGCCGAACACAGUCACUAUGUCCAGGGUGUGACCUGGGAUCCUCUCAACGAAUACGUCGCGACGCAGUCAUCCGACCGCUCCGUUCAUAUCUACUCACUCAAGACCAAGGACGGGCAAUAUACCCUGAGUGGCCCCGACGACAAACCGUCCAAGGUCGCCAGCCAUAUCAAGUCUGAUCUACCCCCCAGGCGCAUAUCGUCACAUAGCCCAGCACCGCCGGAUUUUGGACAUCGUUCCCAGCUUGCUGCCAUCGACGCCGUGGCUGGUUCCCCUGUCCCCUCUGCACCGGGUACCCCAACUUCGGUUGCCCUACCAAUGAACCCACCAAGCGUUGUUAGCCAUAGUCGGAGGUCCUCCUUCUCAUCUCGGCGCUCAGUGUCGCCAGCGCCCUCAAUGCCACUGCCUGCAGUCAUGCCUAUGGAGGCGUCGCCAAAGCCGAUGACAAACACGACCGCCCUGGGCGUCAAAAAUGCUAGCCUCUACGCCAACGAGACCCUUACGUCGUUCUUCCGCCGUCUGACGUUCACGCCAGACGGUGCUCUACUGCUGACACCUGCUGGUCAAUACCAGACCCAACAUCAAGUGGAUGGUGCGAAACCCUCAGUCGAGAUUAUCAACACCGUCUACAUCUACACCAGGGGAGGCAUCAACAAAGCCCCUAUUGCCCACCUCCCAGGCCACAAGAAGCCCUCAGUCGCCGUCCGAUGCUCUCCCAUCUUCUACGGCCUGAGACAGUCCCCUCCAGUCACCAAAUACAUUACGAUCGAUACCUCAUCAGGAGAAGAACCUUUUCCCACCUUGCCUGAACCCCUCUCUGGCCCGUCCCCGGCACCUUCGGUGAUGGAGCCUCCUCCACCGCCUUCUGUGACCAGCGACGCUGCUCCUCCCGCACCAAAGAAUCUGAGCCUAGAGACAUCCUCUUCGACCUCAGGACCCAAGGCCGCGUUCGCCCUGCCCUAUCGGAUGAUAUAUGCAGUGGCAACCCAGGACUCCGUCUUGAUAUACGACACCCAGCAGCAGACGCCGAUUUGCAUUGUCAGCAACCUGCAUUGUGCAACUUUCACUGAUCUAGCAUGGGCCAACGAUGGACUGACGCUGCUCAUCUCUUCUUCGGAUGGCUUCUGCUCCACACUUUCCUUUGCCCCUGGGGAGCUUGGUCAAGUCUAUACCGGAGAAGUACCGAGCCUCAAACGGCCUGUGGCUGGAGAAACGGCGGUCUCCUCUAGCCAGAACACCCCGGUGCCCACCCCAACCUCCGUGUUUGCGCCUCCCUCGCCUUUCCCAUCCGGUGGCAACCAGCACCAGCAUCGCGGCUCCACUAGCUCGUUUGCCGCACCAUCACCGCCACCAGCCGCAUCGUUUGUCAACGCUCGGCCCUCGUCUCCCGCUCGGUCGAAUUCGACAUCAUCCGUUGUCACCCAGGCUUCUACAGCUCCGUCUGGAGUCGUCAACAACCCGACGCUCAUGGUGGGCAACGUGCCCAGUAUCACAGCCACCAAUUCUGCCAAAGUAACGGGUGUCCCUAUCACGACCCCACCGGAGACCCCUCGUAGCGCUGCCAAUAGCGUUGCUGGUACCAAGAGAGACGCCAGCGAGAGCGAGAAGGAGGACUCUGGGAAGGAGCCCAAGAAGCGGCGUAUUGCGCCUACUCUGAUCAGUAGCAACGAUCCUACCAAGGCUUAG